AUGGAACAGGUGAUCGACUUCGUGAAGCGCCACCUUGAUUGCGACCGCGCCAACCAGGUCGUCGACCUCCCAUGCGCGGUUGCCCGCGACCGCCUGGAGGUGAUCGGCCUAAUGAAAGACCUCCUCGCUGUGCAGGUCGACGGGGCGGUUUCAGACUGGAGGCUAGUUCCACAUCACGCCAUGGACGCACAUGACUCGACUAGCCGAAGCCACGGUGCAGCGACGGAAAGCAUCGGGAGGGACCCCAGCAGCACCUUUAGCUUCAUGGUCAUGGGUGACGUCACUCUGAUGCAGGGCGGAAGCGCUAGUUCUUCAGUCUAUCCUGCGCAUAGCCCUUCUGCCCCAUGA